AUGUCAACCGUGGUUGAUCAACUAGUCGAUAUGGGCUUCGAGCGAGCUCGCGCUGAAUACGCUUACGCUCAGACAGGAAAUGGAGGCUUAGAGCAGGUUAUGGAUUGGUUGAUUAGUCAUGAAGGGGAAGAAAUCCCGGCCACACCGCCAGAAGAUGCCAAACCUGGUGCGACGGAUGAUAAACCGAAAGAGGCUGAGCUCACUGAAUCUACUCCUGGCAGUUAUAAAUGCAACGAUUGUAAUAAGCUUUUUCGUGAUGAGAAUGGCAUGAUGUUUCACGCAGCCAAAUCUGGCCACGAAAAUUUUUCGGAGAGUACAGAGGUCAUAGCCGCAUUGACACCGGAACAGCGUGCACAAAAAGCAGCUGAGUUGCGAGAUAAAAUACGAGCUGCUCGUGCUCUGAAGGAGGAACAAGCAAGGAAGGAAGAGAUAGAGAAAGAACGUCGUCGCCGUGAAGAGGGCAAAAAGAUGUUGGAGACCAGGGAAAAACAGAAGGAAAUGGAAUUGAGGGCGAUAGCCGAAGAGCGACGUAGAGCGAAGCAAGAGGAGGCAGCUGCACGCCAGCGUGUUUUAGAGCAAAUCAAAUUGGAUCGAGAAGCUCGUAGGGCGAAAGCCAGUGGUCUUCCGCCUCCGGAAGCGUCUGCACCAACCCAAACUUCAGCCCCUGCUGCACAAUCGAGCCCUGCUCCAAAAACGGAAUAUAAAGAGGCAAUGAUUCAGGUAGUUCACAAAACUCACUUGUGUUUUCAUUUUUAA